UAUGAGAGAGAGAGAGAGAGAGAGAGAGAGAGAGUCUGCACAGAUAAUAUAAAUAAAUACAGUUAAUUAUGGGGAUAUUUAGAUUAAAUGUACAUUAUAUGAUUCUGGUGUAUAUGUGAUUGCUGCUGGUGUGAGUGAAAUGCUCGCGCUGUUUCUCUGAUAUACCGGAUCAUGUGUCGGUUACCGGAGAUUUCCCGGCGCUUGAUUCUUGUCCUCUGUUCUUGUGUUUGUGUUCCGCCGGUUCCUCUGAACGCGAGUUUCUCCCGGAGCGUCACGGCGCGAUACAGACGCGUUUACAGCAGACUCAUCAUGUCAAGCCGAAGGAAGUCGUCCAACCCCUGCAUGGUCUGUACAACUAGUUCAACUGCAGAAGACUCUGUGGAAAUGGAUCUUUCAGCUGAAUCUCUGCUGGACAGAUGUUCACCUGUAACUCCCCCUGCAGAGAAAAAUUGGAAAUCAAUGAAAGGAGAGGAAAAGGGGCAGAUGAAUAGGGGAUCUUCAUCUGAGCAGAGUUCCUUCUACACCCAUAACCUCAACGACUUAAGAGGGCAUGAGGUCUCCCCUCAAUCUGAAUGUCCACUCAAUGCCCUCUACCCAUAUACCACCUGCAAGUUCAGUACCAACACCUUUGAUACACUUUCAUGCUGUAAUAAAUUGGAGCACCAAUGCGAGGGCCAUGUCAAGCUUAAAAAGAUCAAACUGAAUAGCCAGACCAUCCUCGAGCAAACCACUGAGGCAAACCGCGAGAAUGAAUCUGUCCCUUGGAAACCUGAUGACUCUAUUUUUCCCUUACGGCACAAACCCUCAAGCAAUUCAGCAGCUGAAGAUAUCAGGAAGACUUCAAUGGACAACAGCAAAGGUUUAAAGAAAGAACUAGAGGUGGAGAAGGAGCUGGAUGUUCAAGUGUUGAAUGAUGAGAUCAGAGCAGUGAGUGUAAACGGCACAAUCAUUAUUCCAGAGCCCAUGUCACAUGUCACGCCUCUGUUGCAGCGGCCACCAAACCUCAGCACCACUCCGACAAUGGCAGUUCCUUUUCACAACAUUAAGUACAAUCCCAUGCUGGACAGCAACACCACCCUGAUCACAUCAUUUAACAGAUUCCCAUAUCCAACCCACGCAGAGCUCUCCUGGCUCACCGCAGCCUCAAAACACCCUGAGGAGCAGAUCAAGAUUUGGUUCACCAUCCAGCGUCUGAAGCAGGGCAUCACUUGGUCACCUGAAGAGGUGGAAGAAGCCCGUAAGAAGAUGUUCAAUGGUAGUAUGCCACCUGUUCACCAGACCUGCACUGAUUUGCCUUCUCCUCUUAGUGAACCAGUUAAACCUAUCCCUUUUGCACAAAGUGGUCAACAACUGCCUGGACAGACCUGGCUUUCGCCAAACGGCACAGCUAAUGGAACAACUGCUACUUGUCAACCUGUUACUGCAACAGUAGUCAAUCAAACACCAGUUCUUAAACGCUCUUUAGGAACUCAUCUAUUGUUUUCAGAGGUCAAAUGCCCUUUGGUCACCCAAACUGCAGACCCCAAAGAAAGACUAAGCAUGCCUCCUCCACCACCUCCACUACCAGAAAGACUCACCAUAGCUACUUCUCCAGUGCUCACAGAGAGUACCAAAUCUUACUCUUCUAUGAGGAAACCCAUUAUUGCACCUUUUUCCCCACCUAAUGGGAAAUUACUGAUGGUUCUUCCACUGAGUCCAUCCAAAGAGAAGAUACCUAUGGCACUUCCCUUAAUGUUGCCCAAAGAUAGACUCCCUUUGUCACCGAUAGUUUCCACAAAUCUAAAAAGAUCUAUAGUUCAUAAGCAAAUUGAUAAUCAUAUUUCAACUUCCUCUUCUAGUUCUAAAAACAAGUCCUCAUACUUUGGUAAGGAUGUAAACAUGCCCUUGCCAACUGCUAUGAUUGCUCCACAAGUGAACAGGCCAACAAUCAUUCAGACUCUGUUUUCCCUGCCGGCUGCUCCACCUCUGUCCUCUGUAGCUACACCAAUUCCUCAGUCAGAACAAUCAGCUGCACCAGUGACCUCAUGCUGCAAUGGUCAGAAUGCCAAUGGAACCCCCUGUGGAGAUGCUAAGUAUUGGUUUCUUGAUCAAAAUGCCCAGAAUGAUUCCCAAUGCUCAAGUGAACUUACUCUCUUUCCUUUACUGGAGAGAGUGAAGGGCAAAAGUCCUGGCCAGACGAAGCUUCUGGAGGAAAGUUUUCAAAGGAACAGUUUCCCAUCCUAUAAUGAGGUCAAACACCUCAUGAUUUCCACCAGAAUGUCCAGAGAGAUAAUUGAGAGCUGGUUCCUGCAGCGCAGAGUACUUCGUGAUGAUAUGGAGCAAGCCCUGCUGAAUUCUAUGGGCUCUAAAAGGUGUCCACAGCAGUACCAGCAGGCUCUAUUUAAUGGAGCUUACAAUAAUGCUAGCACCUUUCCCUUCACUCCUGUGCCUCUAGACAGCAAGUCCAUGAACCUUCUCAAAAAUGUCUUUGUUCAAAACUGCUGGCCUUCACCUGCAGAGCUCAGACAUUUGGAGAUACAGACGAGGUGGUCUCACACAGACCUUGUCCAUUGGUUCAAAAAUAGUUGGCUGGCCCAGCAAAGAAGUAUCCUUCAGCAGAAGAUGGUGUUCAAAGAGCAAAAUGAUGCCUUAAAGCAGCCCAGCCAGAUCAAGCAACUGCUUAGAGAUGAGACCACCAAACCCAGCAGCCCAGAGAUUGAGGACUGGUUCACCAACAUGAUGGGGCACCACUGGCAGGACACGGGCAACAGCGGGGGACUGAUCAGUGAAGACUGGGAGGAUAAUGCUGUGGCUGUUGGAACCAGAUCACAUCAGCUGGUCUCAGAUACAGAUUAGCUGACAAAAGGAAGAUGCAAAUGGGGUGAUAAAUGCUGCCGCUGUCCCACACGAGGACAGAAGAGAUGUUCAGUAUUCAUUCACUUUCUCCAUUCACAGAGACUUUAUCAGACACAGAGGAGCGUUCUGUGAGUGUUGAUUGUAUGUUUCACACUUAAGAGACUUGUGUGUGCCAAAGCUGGAGUCACUAUGUAACUAUACUAUAAAACAAGGGAUGUGUAAAUGUAUGUUUGUUGCAGAUCAGCUCAUUUGUAUGAUUUUAUGGUCAAUUUUGUAACAUUUUUAUAAUGGAAGCAGGUUGUUGGUGUUUUUAUUAGUGGACAUGUUUGUGGAUAUACAGUUUGUGUAUGGACUCAAUCCAUCAUGAGGUGCUCUAAUAUUCUCUGUACAUUACUAAUAUAGUAAUGUUUACACGCUCACGCCACCGUCCACUGGAACUGAAUAAAACAUCUCCAAUGAAAGAUUGAUUGUGUUAGUGGCUCCUGUAGUUCAUAUGAAGUUCACUCCACAGAUUCAGUCUGACAGUUAAUAAUAAUUAAAGAUCUGAUCAUUAUAAAUGUGAAUGCACAGACAGAAAUCAGUCGCAAGCGUCUCGAGGCCAAACACUGAAACACACGAGCAGAUGCACUUUCAGAUUAUUCUCUUCUAGAAAUCAAAUAGAAAUGAGACAGGAGUGCAGUUAUGGGUGUGACGAUAGACUUAUCUCACGAGAACGAGAGGAUACACGAUACUCUUUGGAUACAAUGAGUAACUUUAUAUAUAUUUGUGUACUUUGUUUUUCUUUUAAUAAUGAGUAAGUGUAAGCCUCAUAUAAAACCUCAAUAUUAACCGCAGAUAUUAUUAUAUGGACACAACUGUGGUUUUGCUGCAGUAUUACUGUAAAGUGUAUCGAAAUCUUGAUUACUGCCAAAAUAAACAAAUAACCCAUCUGUGACUGAACGUGUGAGCUUUACAUAGUGCUUGUGUUAGCCGCAGUGUACGGCACUAUUUUAUUAUUAUUUUCUUGUCACAUUCUCUGCCGUUUAUUGUUUCACCGGGCACAUCUUCUAUCCUAAACACCCUGAAAUUCCGUCAUGCUGAUAUCGCGAGACAGCUUUUCACCUCGACGAGAAAUAUCGUCACGUUAUAAUAUUGCGAUAUCUCAUGGCACGAGAUCUUGUCACACCCCUAUUAAUAACCAGUCUUGACCAACACAAGUUAGUUUCGUUUGAAAGAUAUAAUUGAAAAAAAAUAAUCAGAACAUAAAAUAUCACAUAUCAUUAUUUAGAGUCUGUGAUUAUCUUUCAAUCGAGUCCACACACAAGAUAAUCAGAUGUAUAGAUCAUUAGAUAAUCCACAUGAAGCACAAUGUUACAUAUGACCACCAGGAGAUGGCGCCAAAUACAUGACACAGACUCAAUGAUGACUCAAAUGACACAGAAUGAAACUCAUUCUGUGAAAUCUCAUGACUAAAAUCAUGUCUGCAUGCUAUGCAAACCUUUAGUCAUUGUUGUGUUUGCAUGUGGAAUUAGUUCUUAUGUACAAUUAUUAUCUUUUAUUUGUUUGGAGAUGUUUUUGGACACUAUGAUCCAUUAUAUUUGUAAUGUUGUAACUUUUGAUCGCUUUGUCGUUUCAACACAAAAUUAAUCUCACAUACAGUCGACAUGAUUGAGAACAAAACAAAAGCAGUUUAUCAGAGCCGCAUUAUUUACACCCAGAGAUAUAUAAUGUAAAUGUAAAAUAAAAAAAUGUCAGCAGUUUCUCAGAAUGUGUCAUAAUGUAAAUCAUUAUGGUUCAGGUGGUGGAGCGGGUCGGCCACUAAUCACACUGUUGGUGGUUCGAUUCCCGGCCCACAUGACUCCACAUGCCGAAGUGUCCUUGGGCAAGACACUGAACCCCAAGUUGCUCCCAAUGGCAGACUAGCGCCUUACAUGCAGCUCUGCCGCCAUUAGUUUAUGAAUGUGUGUGUGUAUGGGUAAAUGAGUCACAGUGUAAAGCGCUUUGAAUACCGCUAAGGUUAAAAAGGCGCUAUAUAUGUGCAGACCAUUUACCUGUUUGAAAACGAUCAUUAUUUAACUAGUGGCACAGAAAUGGCACACGUCUGCCUCAAAUGUCAUGAAUGCUUGUUCUUUCCUUCAGGCAGGUUUUGGGUCACGUUGUGUCCUAAUGUUCAGACAGACAAAAGCUCACAUGAGAUUUCACAUUACAUAAGCUGUGUGAAUGUUUCAGCACCACUCUGCGUCAGACAUACAGAACAUUAUAUAAUGUGUGUUUCAUAAUGUCGGACAAACACUUAACCUCCAUAAUUCAGACAUUCAGUCUAAAGAGAUCAGACAGCAGCGUGUGUGUGUGUGUGAGAGUAUGUGUGAGUGGGUGAGAGUAUGUGUGUGUGAGAGUGUGUGUGUGCGUGAGAGUAUGUGUGUGCGAGAGAGUACGUGUGUGUGUGAGUGAGCAUGUGAGAGUAUGUGUGUGUGUAUGUGUAUGUGUGAGUGAGUGAGCGUGUGAGAGU